AUGUUACGCCAAUGCUCGAAGGCUCUCUCCCGUAAAUUAGUACAAUCAUCAUCAAACAACAAUUAUGGCAUGAUCAAGAAGGUCAUUGCAUCAUCAUCGGCCAAGAAUGAUCUCUUCGGAAAGUAUUCUAUGGGUUCUUUGAUGAUAUUUCAAAAUGAAAUGGCAAGCAAGAUGAUGAUGAGAGGUUACCAAUUUAAUACAAAGGAAUUUACUGUGGGAGGAAAUAUUUCUACUCAUGGUGCUAUUCCUGGUUUACAAAUUUCAAAUUCUGAGAGCUAUUCCGAGAGAUUGAGAACUACUUUGUUGAGUCCAAUUGUCAUCGUUCCACACGCUGAACAAUGGGUAGUCGAACGUUUUGGACGUUACUGCAAGACCUUGGACAGCGGUAUUCAUUUCUUAAUUCCAUUAUUGGACACUAUUGCUUACAAGCACACAACCAAGGAAAUUAUUUUGGAAGUCAACAAACAAACAGCCAUCACUAAAGAUAACGUGCAACUCAAUUUGGAUGGUGUCUUGUACACUCGUAUUACUGACGCCUACAAGGCAAGUUACGAAAUUGAAAAGCCAUUUGUUGCCAUUAUGAACUUGGCUCAAACAACCAUGCGUUCAGAAAUUGGUAAAAUCACACUCGAUAAUACCUUCGCAGAGAGACAACAUUUGAACGAGAAAAUUGUGCAAGGUAUCGAAAAGAUUGCAUCUGGAUGGGGUAUUUCAAUUCAACGUUACGAAAUUAGAGACAUUCAAGUUCCAACUCAAAUUAAACAGGCGAUGGACCUUGAAGCUGAAGCUGAACGUAAGAAGAGAAAGACUGUCUUAGACUCUCUCGCUGAAAAGGAAGCUCAAGAAAACGUUGCUAAGGGUAGAAAGACUGCUGUUGAGUUGGUUUCUGAAGCUAACAUGAUUGAAGAAAUUAAUCUUGCCAAGGGUAAGGCAUUUGCUGUCAAGGCUGCAGCUGAAGCUUACGCAGAAGCCAUUGAAAGAUUGGCCUCCGCUAUUUCACACGAAAAUGGAGAGAAAGCUGUUGCAUUGAAGAUUGCCGAAAAUUAUAUUGAACAAUUUGGUAGACUUGCCAAGACUGGUAACACUGUCAUUAUUCCAUCCAAUGUCAGCGAUGUUUCAUCACAAGUGACUCAAGCUAUCACCAUCUUUGACAAGAUCUUUAAUCAAUCAAACAAAAAGCUUGACAUUUCCAAGGAAGAGGCAUUGUUGAGGCUGAAAGAAAUGUCAGGAAUUCAAGAGCCAACUGAGGUUAAGGCUACUGAAAAGCCAGCCACUACCCCUUCUGCUAGCACUGUUAAAAAGUAA